UGUACGUCCAGGAAAUUCCGCUUUUCAAAUCAUGGAGGCAGAACAGAUUAUGGAGGGACAGCCACAGGUUCCAGAAAAUCCCCAUUCUGAAUAUGGCCUCACUGAAAAUGUAGAGAGGAUAGUAGAAAAUGAGAAGAUAAAUGCAGAGAAAACAUCAAAGCAGAAGGUGGAUCUUCAGUCGUUACCCACACGUGCCUACUUGGAUCAGACAGUUGUACCUAUCUUGCUACAGGGACUUGCUGUUCUUGCAAAAGAGAGACCGCCAAAUCCCAUUGAAUUUCUAGCAGCAUAUCUUUUAAAAAACAAGUCACAAUUUGAGGACCGUAAUUAACUCCAUAAAAAUGAGGACAAUUUGGCUGCUAGACUGAAACGCUCAUUUGCCGCAAUUUGUUUUCUGCUGUAAAAAUUCUUUGGAACCAUGUUGUUGUCUUUCUUAAUCGCACAAUUUGCUUUACCUUUUGAGUUAUUUAAUAAAGAACACUUUACAUUUGUUCACUUGUUUUAAACUAGCUAUUAAGAGACUUUCAAAAUAAAGUACUGAAACUGCA